CGGUUGGUAAACAGCAAAUGACAUUUCGAAGCAGAAUCAUCUCCGGAAAAUUGCAAAUUCACGCAUCUAAAUUCAGAACUCAUUAAAUAUUUUUAAAAACUAACUGAAAGCUUAUAUUUUUCUGCAAAAUGACUUCGGGAGGAGUGCCAGCAGAAGGAGUUCGUGAGAAAGCACUAGUGGAAUAUAGGAAAAAGCUACUGGAGCAUAAGGAGGUGGAGUCGCGUCUCAAAGAGAAACGCGAGGAAAUCAAAGAGCUCACAAAACAGUAUGACAAAUCUGAAAAUGAUCUUAAGGCACUCCAAAGUGUAGGGCAGAUUGUGGGUGAAGUUCUUAAGCAAUUGACAGAAGAUAAGUUCAUUGUAAAAGCUACAAAUGGGCCACGCUAUGUGGUAGGAUGCCGUCGGCAGUUGGAUAAAAGUAAAUUGAAAUCCGGAACCCGUGUCGCUCUCGAUAUGACCACACUUACUAUUAUGCGAUAUUUGCCACGUGAAGUCGAUCCCCUAGUAUAUAAUAUGUCGCACGAGGAUCCUGGUGAAGUAAAGUAUUCCGCUAUUGGUGGACUUUCUGAACAGAUACGUGAAUUGCGUGAGGUGAUUGAACUGCCAUUGCUCAAUCCAGAACUGUUUCUGCGUGUAGGUAUCACACCACCCAAAGGUUGUCUAUUAUACGGACCACCUGGUACUGGAAAAACUUUGUUGGCCAGAGCAGUAGCUUCGCAAUUAGAUGCAAAUUUUUUGAAAGUGGUUUCAUCUGCUAUUGUUGAUAAAUAUAUUGGCGAAAGUGCCCGUCUUAUUCGUGAGAUGUUCAACUAUGCACGCGAUCAUCAACCGUGCAUUAUUUUUAUGGAUGAAAUUGACGCCAUCGGUGGUCGCAGAUUCUCAGAAGGCACAUCGGCAGAUCGUGAAAUUCAACGUACGCUUAUGGAGCUGCUAAAUCAAAUGGAUGGUUUCGAUUCACUAGGCCAAGUAAAAAUGAUUAUGGCAACCAACCGCCCCGACACUUUGGAUCCUGCUCUUUUGCGUCCAGGACGUUUAGAUCGUAAAAUUGAAAUACCACUGCCUAAUGAACAAGCGCGUAUGGAAAUCUUAAAGAUUCAUGCAGCGAUAAUUGCAAAGCAUGGGGAAAUCGACUACGAAGCUAUUGUGAAAUUGUCAGACAACUUUAACGGUGCUGAUUUGAGAAAUGUUUGCACAGAAGCUGGUCUCUUCGCUAUCAGGGCUGAUCGUGAGUACGUUAUCCAUGAGGACUUCAUGAAAGCUGUGCGUAAGGUAGCUGACAACAAGAAAUUGGAAAGCAAAUUAGAUUACAAACCAGUUUAGGCUGGACAUCUUAUUCGCAAGAAAAACUAAGAAAAUUUUCUAUAAAAUUACUCAAGUAACAAAAUAAACUUUAUUUACGUAUUGCCGAUAGAAAUUAA